AUGUCUAUUUUUGCAACCGUGUUACUGUCUCUUUCUUUUUCCACGGUCGUUUCUGCGAUUCCGUUGGUUGAGCGUCAGGAUAAUGGGACCGCUCCGGCUGACCCUGGGGUUGAUUGUUCUCCAUCGUCGUCUACUGGUUUGAAGCCUGAGUGCUGGAAGGCCUUGGACAUGGAGAAGUACAUCAAUGACUGGGUCACUGAGAAUGGAACCAAGGCCAACUGCGACGAACUUGGUUUCGCUCAGUGCUACCUUCAGUUCAACGGCUUCACUGGUCUUACAUGCAACUUGAUCACCAGCGACACCUGCCCUCCCUUCAACACCAAGGAUGUUUCCAAGUACGACUCCAACCAACAAUUCUACGCCCUCUGGAACAUCUACACCGUCUACCAGUUCUUCAACCAAUACUCUCGCGCUCUCAGCAACGGUGCCUCCCUCGCCGGCCAAACCAUCGAUGCCAUCGUCGCAAAGGUUGCUCCUCCCGUCGAAGCCAACACCCCCACUAGCGGCCUCAUGAACAUCCUCGGCUCCACCCUCGGUAUCGUCUCCAUCUUCACUGGUCUCGUUCCUGGCGAUGCUGGUGUCGCUGUUGGUUUUAUCCGUGCUGGUCUCGGUGCUGCUUUUGAUCUCUCCGGUAAGCUCGGUGAGACUUUGACAAAGACCCAGACUGCAAACGACCGAUUCAUCCAGCUUGGUGAUAUUGGCUCUGGGCUUGCUAAACUUGUUGAGGCUUAUCAGAAUAACCUGCUUGAGACUGUUAAGCUUGUGCAGGGCGAUCCUGCUAUCUUCAUCGCUGCUUGCCAGGACGGUGGAUUCUCUCAACGUGUCACUACCUCUCUUACCAUCCAGGCCAAUACUCUUUACCAUCAGCUUCAACUCUUCAUUCUUUCCAGCGCCCUUAAGGCCAACGGCAUCGUCUCGGCCAAGAGCACUGGCCUCAACGCUCAGACUCGUGCAAGUGAUACCGGAGGCGCCAUCUCCUGCGACGCCCUCGACCCAGCUGGUAACUGCAACCAGUGGUGGAUCGACGGCGCCGACACUUAUGCUCUCCACAACCCUAAUGACUGGCGAAACAACCAGAUUGAGCUCACCAAGGCUAUCGUUGACGAGGGCUGGGCUACGCUUGCUGACGUCUUCAAGGUUGAGGACUGUGCUGGCAAGGAACCCACUUUCAACGGCAAGGAGCUUGGCGUUACCUGUCUUGCAACUCACAACUGGUGCGAGUGGAACUACCAGGACUCUCCUUCGCUGUCGCGAUCUGAGCCUCAGUGGAAGAACUGCGACAACGACGACAAGUGGGGAACUCUUUGCGGAAGCUUCCAGAACGGACUCGAGAUUCCCGAAUCUUACCUCGGGCCUCUGCUCAAUAGCGACCAGACCUGGUGUAAGCGAUAA